AUGUCUAUCGACAGCGGAGAAAGCAGUAUUCAGCCGGGCUCGCCUGGGGUCGCCAACGGAGUUUCUGCUCAAGUCGGUCAAUCGGCCGCGACGGUAGAUCAAAGUGCCGAGGUAGCGCCAGUCUGGAGAGUAAUACUCGCUACCUCACCACGUGGUGUACCGCUGUCGACGCUCCAUUUGGUAGAGAUCUCCAAGAUGAUCGAUCACCUUGACCUGGGAGGCUGUGCCGUAGUGUUAAGUCGUGGAAGCUCUACAUGGAGCUCUUUGGUACCUGACUGUGCGAAUGAGAAGUCGAGAAAGGCCAGGUCUCGGCAAUACACCAGAGUAACCAACAAAAGCAAUCUUGCAGCGGCUCAGAGAGGCUUCACCAAGAUGCUGGAAAAUCCGGCUUCGACUCUCUGUCCGUCUUCGUGGGCGAGUAACCUCAGGCAUUCCAGUCUAGCGACACCUCGAUCUUCCCUCACAAUGUCUCGUCAAAGCGCUCUCGAUCGCAGAUGUCUUCUGAGUUGGGCUGGCUGCUUCCGUAAUGGCAAGGCAGUGAGAGUAGAAGACCAGAUUCGAGGCCAAACCCGAGAACUGGGCGCAAUAAUCAACGGGCCAACCAAACAAAUUCUUGCAACCGAAGGGCAGGGAACCUCAUCCUAG